GUUUACAAUGAUUCUAAAGUUGGUGAGUUUCCACCGUUGUUGUAUGGGACUACAGUGAACAUUAUAAACUUCCUUCAAAAAAUGAUUGAAGAAGGAGAAAUUUCUUUGAAUAAUUCCCGUCUUCUGUUAGAACAGUGCCAAAAUUAUAAACCAGAAGCAUCAAUUGUGAACUACUAUCGAACAAAAACAACCAUGGGCUUCCAUUCUGAUGAUGCAGAAUUAAACAAAGAAGCUCCUUUGAUUUCGAUUAGCAUUGGACCCACUGCAUUAUUUCUACUGGAGACGUCAGAACCCAUCAAGCGUAAAUCUGACGUUCUAUUGAAUGAUAAUUUCAAACAAGCAACUGACUAUAAUCAUAUAUUACCGAUUUACCUUCAUCAUGGUGAUAUCGUCAUUAUGGCUGGUAAAAGUCGUCUGGCUCGUCAUGCUGUCCCAGUAAUUUUAUUCAACGAUGUUACCAAGGCUGUCAAUGAAGGAGCUCUACGAGUUAGUCAAAAUAUCUGUGAUCAAAUUUUAAGCAAAGAUCAUUAUACGGAUGCGUGUAUAGAUUGUCAAGAAUAUUUGAAAUAUGUUAGAACUACACGUAUAAACAUUAAUAUACGCCAAGUAAUGCCUGUCCAUAGAUAACUCGUGUUAAUUUUAUUUUAUUUUUAAUACUAUUAUGAUGUACAGCUUGUCUUUUGACAAUAAUCAACAUCAACUACUUCGAAAGUCUAGCGAUUUCGCAUCAAAUUGUAUAUUUUAUCUGGUCACUACUAUCCAACAAACAUACUCUUACGACAGCGCUUUUCUUUUUCGACAGGUCUCCGCCUACCCACACGCACUUUAUGAUGUGUUUUCCAGCAUCCAUAACCGAUGUUGAUUCGAUAUUACAGUUGAGUGUACAAAUUUAUAAUGAAACAGUAGAAGAAUUACUUAGUACUUUUUUUAGAGUAUAAAAAGUUAAGCUGUUGAAAAUAUAAUUGGUUAGUUGUGUAGGAGUAACUCAGCAAAAUUUUGAGAAAUAUUACAAUGGAGAAUUCCUAAGAGAUAAAAAAAAAUGGCGCAUACAUUUAGAUAAAAUACUAUUGUACACUGUUUCAGAUUAAUAUGCGCAAUUAAAAUACAUAUUUAGAAAAGUUGGAAGGAACUCUAAUAAUACAACAUGUUACACUCUAAAAUAAGGACCAUUUGU